AAACAAGGAAUUGAAGUUUUGGUAUUUGACGAAGUGAAAAAACAUACAUGUAAAGAUUAUGAUUUUAUCGCAGUUUUAUCAGGAUUAUCAAUUCAACUUUACGGGAUGAAUAAGAAAUCCUGUGAAAUAAUAAACAUACAACAUGGAAUUAAUAUAGAAAGAAAAAGUUUUUCACCGUUUAUUUUUUUCGGAUUCAAUUCUAUUUCUUUUACAACAUCAUCUGAUCCAUAUUUUAAAUCACGUAAAAAAAUAUUAAUAUCUUCGAUUAAUAAUAAUAUUGAAAGUUUAUAUCAAAUUUCUUAUCAAGAAGUUACUAGUUUAAUUAAAAAAUAUAAAUUAAAAUCAAAUUUAAAUAUAUUAGAAUUAUUAAAUGAAUAUGUUGAGAAUGUUACUAGUGAAUUUAUGUGGGAACCACGACAAAUUUUAAAUAAUAUUACACAAAUACGUAAGAGUUUUAAAGAAAUGACCCAAGAUUUGAUUGAUAAUUUCUGUGGAAAAAAUUUAAUUAAAGAUAUAGUUGAUAAGAAUCUUCAAUUGG